CGUUUGGCCCGUAGACGUCCGCGGCCGGAUGCCCAGCGUUCGCACGGUCCUCGGCCUCCUGGCGGCUUUGGCGGCCUGCGGCGCCGUCGCCUUCCUGGGCUACUGUGUUUACUUCGACCGGAAGCGGCGUGGCGACCCCGCGUUCAGGCGCCGCCUGCGGGACAAAAGAAGAGCCCAGCAGCGGAAGGCUGAGGGACCGGGCGCCCAGUUGUGGGAUCCAGCAAAGAAUGAAAAAUUGCAAGAACUUUUUUUGCAAGAGAUACGAAUGGGACAACUUUGGUUAUCCAGAGGAGAGUGUCAGUUGGGGGUUGAACAUCUCAGCACUGCCCUUUUAGUGUGUGGACAACCACAGCAACUUCUGAAGGUUUUCAAACACACACUCCCUCCUCAGGUAUUUGAGAUGCUGUUGCACAAAAUUCCCCUUAUUUGCCAGAGUUGGAGCUGAAAAAGCCAGCAAUCUACAAAUGCCAAUGGGCACAGUCAAAACCCCCCAUCACUCCAAAUCUGGCCCUCUCUAGCCAAAGGGCCAGGAAAGGGGAAGCCUGUAAGAUAGAAAACUUUUAAACAAUAACUGUAUACUCCAGGCAAACAAAAACACGGUGGCUUGCAUCCCCCAUCCACCACAUCACCAUAAGCCAACUGAGGAGCCUAGAUUUCCACCCUCACUAAGCUGUAAUGAGGCACUAAGUCCCCCAAACUUCACAGAAGGGAGAUUAGGAAGCAAGGACUUUCAUCCUUACUGGGCUUUAAUGACGGCUCCCCCAUCCCCAAUAAGUGUCAGUGGAAACAACACGAGGAACCUGGACUUCUACCUCA